CUCCAAGUUCUUUGGGCCCCAGCUCCUCCUCAACCUUGGAUGGAGCAGUGGCAUUGUUCUGGAACAUUCUAGAAAUUCCAACUGUUGCAGAACACUCAAGAACCUCCUAGGCAAAGGGCUGGAACCCAAUCAGUCAGCACUCUGAGGCUUUCUAGCCCAGGUGGGGCCAGCUCCCCUUCUGACCCCCAGCAGGCUUCAUGUGGAUGCUGACACUAGGUGGGGUUUUCCUGGCAGCCACCCAGGCCUGUAUCUUUUGUCGCCUCCCAGGCCAUGACUUGCCGGGCCGUCUGGCUCAGCUCACGAGCCAGAUGGAGGCCCAGUGGAAGGAAUGGGCCUCUCCAGACUUUUCAGACUUUGCCUUAGAUGAGUUGACAAUGAACAAAGUCACAGAGAAGACUCACAGAGUCCUGAGGGUCAUGGAGAUCAAAGGGUCCAUCUCCUCACUCCCUUCCUACUGGCAGUGGCUGCAAAAGACCAAGAUCCCUCAGUACAUCAGGGAAGCUCUCUGUGCCCCUGCCUGCCGGGGCAGCACCAUUCUGUACAACUGCUCCACCUGCGAGGGCACCGAGGCCUCCUGUUGGCCCCGAAAACGCUGCCUCCCAGGAAGUCACGAUCUGUGGGAAGCCAGGAUUCUGCUCUUAUCUGUCUUCGGAGCUGUCCUGCUUCUGGGUGCUCUGAGCCUCCUGGUGGAGAACCACCACCUGCAAGCAAAAGAUGACUUGUGAAGAAGCUCUGAGGAGUGGAUAGCCACAAUUUCCACAUCCUUUGGGGAAUCAGCCAUCCCUUAGUCCCAGCCUCAAAGACUCAGUCUUCCAGAGCCUACAACCUAGAUGUCCCAAGAUCAGUUCCAGCACCAGAUGCCCUCCAGGAACCCAGGGACCCUUCUCUGGAAAGUUCCUCCCCACUGGCCCUCCACCAAUCAGACAGGGCAGUGGGCGAUGCCAGGAAAUUAGCUACAGAAGGAAAGAAUCCCCUGCAUGCACCACCCCACCCCUGGCCCCCUCCACCAUUCCCGGAAAGCAGUGCCUGUUUGCCCCAGAAUCGCCUCUGGGCCCUCCCAUGACUGAUUGGGAAUCCGGGAAUAAGAGUUCUGGAAAACUCCCUCCUUCUGGGGUGAGACCACAUCAGCCAGCCCGCUGGCACGCUCUCUGUCCAUUGUAUUAAGGUUGUGCAGCUCUGGCCGCCUACAGAGGCCUCCCUCCUGCUAGGCCCAAGUAAAAGUGCUGUUAAGUGCC